AGUUAGGUCCAUAAAUUUCAGUUUCUCGAAUCACCGCCCUCCGCCGCCGCCGCCUUCCGCCGAGAGAAUCCCUCACUGAGCAACUGAGCUCGCCUGUUCAAUUCACGCGUAGCGCUGUUUAGGUCAAAAUAAGACUGUUGAGUUAUUGUUGUGCAAUCAAAGUUCUCAUUCAAAUCCGAUAAAUGGCUGCUUCUAAUUCUUCGAAAUUGUUUCGUGUUGGGCGUUCAAUUCUGGGUGGUCUGAGCAACAAUGCUCUUGGGGCGAGCAGGCCGUCUUCCCAAUUGGCAGAUAUGGAUUUUCGAUCACAACAAACAAGGACAUUCAUACAAAUGAGGACCAGCCUUAAAGUGGUGGACAAUUCCGGGGCUAAAAGAGUGAUGUGCAUACAAGCACUGAAGGGCAAGAAAGGAGCUAGACUGGGGGACGUAAUAGUAGCAUCGGUCAAGGAAGCACAUGUUGGUGGGAAAGUGAAGAAAGGAGACGUUCACUACGCUGUUGUAGUUCGUGCUGCAAUGCCACGGGGCCGCUGUGAUGGGAGUGAAGUUAAGUUUGACGACAACGCUGUCGUACUCAUCAAUAAACAAGGCGAGCCGAUCGGCACCAGAGUGUUUGGCCCUGUUCCUCACGAGUUGAGGAAAAAGAAGCAUCUCAAGAUUCUCAGUCUUGCUGAGCAAAUUGCCUGAAGUUUUAUCCCAGACCUGCUCGAAUCUAUCAUUGCUAUCGGCCCACAAUACCAAAAACCAACUCAAAGCUGAACUAAGAAGAAGAGGUGCAGAAAAAUGAGAAUUGCAGAGAAAAAGGAGAGGGCGUUGGUGUCAGGUCAGCUAUUCAAAAUGAAAGCUCUGUCUGAAACGACGGCGUUGAAGGCGUUUGGUGUCGGCGCUUUACUCUUCAAUGACGGCCGUAACCACCGAUCUGUCUCUUUAUACACACUUAUCAUUUAAUGCGUGUUGAUCUUCGUCAGCUCACGCUCUAUCACGCCUCCUGUCAAAAGCUUGUACCCUCUGCGUGACCUAACGCCUCCUCCUCCUCUCUCUCUCUCUCUAUAUAUAUAUAUAUAUAUUGUCCUUCACUCUCACGUAAUUCCUUCCGGUGACUCUAACUGCCAAUGUUAUUUAUUUAUUUUUAUAUUUUUCUGUUGUGAUUAAGUGAUUAUGAGGUGUAUCUUGGACUAGUGGACCCCUCUCUGGAUAAGGCGUCGUCAUUGGUUCACGCUAAAACACAUUCUAUUUUUGAGUGGAGCAUCACAUUAUAUAUUUUGGAUAA